AUGAUGACAUUUGGCGGAGCUCUGGCUUUGUUUUUAUUAUGCACAACGAAUCUGGUUGGACGGAGUGCGGAGAGUCCAGAAAAUAUUGAAAACAGAAAAACAGGGAUUCAAAGUACUGUGGUGAGCAUUAAUCUUUACAUAUUGUAUUUCGGUCUUAAAGACUUAAUUGCAAAUGACCGUUGAAGCUUUCCUUGUGCCGCCAAUAACCUCUAACAAUUUUAGCUUCCUGGAAUUCGAAUAGAUUACAAUUCUCCCGGCAGAAAAGCGUUAAAGCCCGUAUGUAAGAGAAGAGAAAGUUGUUUGACAACGCAUGAUGAUACGGAAACGGAAGAUUACCCGGAGAUUAUGUUAUUAAACAGUGUCAGCUUCUGUGACUGUCCGGAGAACACUUUCUGCGAUCGCUCAAAUCCACUCAAAAUGGGAGACAGGACUUUUUCGGUCAGUCUUGGGCACAGGGACUUACAUUAGUCACAUCAAAUUUUGAAACAGUUGAAUGAUCAAAUUCAUAAAGGGCUUAUCACAUCCUCAUUUUGUUUUCACCGCUUAUGAUAACCUUUGUCUUUUUUCAGUUCUGUGGACAGCCCUCAAUAAAAAAAUGCCGGCCGAAUCAACUGGCUACCAGCACAAUUGGAUUAUCCCAAAUUGUGCAUUGUAUAUGUCCUUAUGAGCUGGAGAUGACCCACACCAGCGCAGAAUUAAUUGGACGUCCAGACGCCCCAAUGAACGAAAUUUGUAAAAAACGAAACUCAGUAAGUUUUCCUCCUUACCUUCUUCUGGAUUACUAUUUAUUCACUUUCUUAGUAACCGUUCACUCUUCAGAAAUACUUUGUAAAAAAAGUGAACCGACCGAAAGUCCGAUUGAGUGCCAAGGAUAUCCUCGAUUACCUGGAGCAAUAA